CAUCUUGGAUGCCUUUGAGACUGUCUGGAGGGCAGUGCGCCGUUGGACCGACGCCAACAUCAGAUGUUCCAAUGCUGAGAACAAGCAAACUGGUCUCCAUGUGAAGCUAUCCCAUGAUGCAACAUGUGUCCCCAGCACCAGCAUUGACCAUGAUGGCCACACAGAGCGUCCCACCACCAUCGUACCAGGAGAGCCAACAGAUGACAGGCACUACGCAGCAAAACUCGAAGGCCCAGCAUGUCCACCUCUCUGCAGGCUCAGCGGCUGGGACCGCCCCGGUCAGCGUGACGCUCGACCCUCAAGCCCAACUGGAGUCAGACAAACGAGCCGUUUACAGACAUCCUCUUUUCCCUCUUCUGGCGUUGCUGUUUGAGAAGUGUGAGCAAGCAACACAGGGCUCAGAAUGCAUCACCUCCGCCAGCUUUGACGUCGACAUCGAGAACUUCGUCCACCAGCAAGAGCAGGACCACAAGCCUUUCUUCAGUGAGGACCCUGAACUAGACAACCUGAUGGUGAAGGCGAUCCAGGUGUUGCGGAUCCACCUGCUGGAGCUGGAGAAGGUGAACGAGCUCUGUAAAGACUUCUGCAACCGUUACAUCACCUGCCUCAAGACCAAGAUGCACAGUGACAAUCUGCUACGGAACGACCUGGGCGGCCCGUAUUCACCAUCACAGACCAACCUCGGUCUGCAGCAGGACCUGCUUCACAACUCAUCCCCAUCCCUCACCUCUGUCUCCAACUCGAUAAACCCCUCUGGGAUCGUAGUCCCCGCCGGUUCGCUGCAACAGAACAACGUUGCCAUGACCACUAUCAACUCUCAGGUGGUCUCAGGUGGGACGCUGUAUCAACCGGUGGCAAUGCUUACCUCACAGGGGCAGGUGUUAACCCAGGGCUUACCACAGGGAACCAUCCAAAUCCAAAACAAUCAGGUGAACCUGGACUUGUCCUCACUCUUGGACGCCGAUGACAAGAAAUCAAAAAACAAACGAGGUGUCCUUCCAAAACAUGCCACAAACAUUAUGCGUUCCUGGCUCUUCCAGCAUCUCAUGCAUCCUUAUCCUACAGAAGAUGAGAAAAGACAGAUCGCAGCACAAACAAAUCUUACCUUGUUACAGGUGAACAACUGGUUUAUCAAUGCCCGCAGGCGCAUACUGCAACCCAUGUUGGAUGCCAGUAAUCCUGACCCUGCCCCCAAAGCCAAGAAGAUGAAAUCUCAGCACAGACCCACACAGCGCUUCUGGCCCGACUCUAUUGUAGCUGGAGUCCUGCAGACACACGGAUCCCACUCAGCAAACAAUUCAGACAAUUCUCUGGGCAUGGAUGGCCUGCAGCCUCUGUCCUCUGAUUCCGCCACACUGGCGAUGCAGCAAGCCAUGCUGGGAGGAACCGACGACUCCAUGGACGGCACAGAAGAGGACGACGAAGAAGAGGAGGAAGAAGAGGGAAUCGACGAGGAGGAGGAUGAAGAAGAGGACGAAGAAAGCGAGGGAGGCAGACAGAUGGUUCGGAGAGAUCUGGGCCUCAACCACAACGAAGGACUCGAAUAAAGAUUCAGAUCGACUCAACUCUUACUCAUCCCCAUGGCAACACAUCUCAACACUGCCUGAAUGGUUUCCAGUGGACACUAAGUGCCAUGGAUCAUCCAAUCAGAAUGAAGAGGAGGGGCCUUGAUGAAUAGCUUACAUUCAUGUUGAAGGAGGACAGAACAUCGUGCAAAGGACGUAAUGUACAUUGGGCAACCGGUCAUGCUACUCUCAUUCAUAUAAUGCAUUUAAGCCUUACUUUGUUUAUGUCUCUUUGGUUCUCAGGUGUCUUAGCAUGACAUAAUGUCUACUAACCUCUUACAGUCCAAUUGAUAACCAUGCAAUGAGUGGAUGUUUUAGGCAUGUUUUUUUUUUUUUUACUUUUACUUUUUGUAGAUUUAACUAAAUAUUCAAUCUUUGAAGUUUAAAAAAAAAGAAACAAACAAUCUAAAUGCCUGACAGCACAAUGUAUGUACAUUUGAUAGUGAUGCAUUUUACCCGGACACUUCGUAUUUAUUUUAUUAACUGUCAAAAGGCAGUGGCACAAUCAACGAGGAUGCUCUCCGCUGAGACAAACGCAUGUUGAAAGCCUCGACGCAGAGUGCCAAGCAUCUCUUCCACGCAAGGAACAAAACUCUCGUGCCCUUCUGGAACCGUAUAGGACCUACAAAUGAAGUUUACUGAAGAACACUGCAGGAAAAAAAAAGACAUAUUUACAGGUGCGUAUCACACCCUGAAACGCCCCUCUUUAUUUUAUGUGAAGGACGAAACAAAAAACUGUGAAGAUAUUUCUGAGCUUUUCGGCUAACUGUGUCUACAGAUUGAAUCACCUGUUUCUGAUGUGAUGUUUAGAAAAGACAGAGGAUGUUUCUGAAUGUUAUUGCAGUUGGUCUUUGUGAAGUACAUGUUUCUCAUUAUCCUUUUCUUGGUUGUUUUUGUUUUUUUAAAUUGUUCUUCCAGAGCAAGUGAUGAUAGGGGAGCUUUUUAAUUAUUUGUUUGUAUACAUUGUUGUCAUAAUCUAUUGUGUUUCAGUAGAUCAUUUUUGAUAAUUAAAAACUAUGACUCUA